AUGGAACAAUUUAGACAGAUUGGGGAGGCACUUGGGAGUUUGAAGGCUGUGAUGUUAUUCAGGGAGAACAUUCAAAUCAAUCAGAGGCAAUGUUGUCUCUUGUUGGAUGUAUUCAGCUUUGCAUAUGAUUCUAUUGCAGAUGAUAUUGUACAGAACCUUAAAUUUGAAGAGAAGAAUGGGAAGUGGAAGGUUCUUGAACAGCCCUUGAGAGAGAUCCACAGGAUUUUCAAAGAAGGAGAAGUUUACAUUAGGCAUUGCUUGGAAACAAAGGAUUGGUGGCCUAAAGCCAUCACAUUGUGUCACAACACAGAUUGUGUUGAGUUUUACAUACACAACUUGCUUUGUUGCAUGCCCAUUGUAAUUGAAGCUAUUGAAUCUGCUGGAGAAACAUCAGGGUGUGAUCAGGAUGAGAUGCAAAGGAAGAGGCUUAUCAACUCCAACAAGUAUAGGAAAGAAUAUAAAGAUAUGAAAACUUUCCAGUGGAAAUUUGGGAAGCAGUAUCUCAUUACUCAGGACUUGUGCAACCGUUAUGACAGAGUUUGGAAGGAAGAUAGAUGGUUUCUUCUCAACAAAAUCCAUGAAAAGAAAAUGUCAGGUGCAACAAAGUAUGAGAAGAAGUUAAUAGAUCUUCUUUUGAGGAAUUUAGAAAGAUCAGAAUCACUGGAAGGGAAGCUCCUUCCAAGCUCAAUAUUGGUUGGGUCUAAGGACUACCAAGUGAGGAGAAGAAUGGAUAAUGGGAGUCAGUACAAGGAGAUUCUAUGGUUAGGUGAAAGCUUUGUCAUAAGACAUUUUUGUGGGGAAAUUGAAGCCUUGGGAGCUGAGAUCAAAGAACUUUUAUCUCUUUCACAUCCAAAUAUAAUGGACAUUCUUUGUGGUUUUACUGAUGAGGAGAAGAAGGAAUGCUUUUUGCUAAUAGAAAUGAUGAGCAAAACCCUUUGCACCCACAUCAAAGAGAUUCAUGGCCCAAGGAAGCGAAUACCAUUCUUGCUUCAUGUGGCAGUUGAUCUUAUGCUUCAGAUUGCCAGAGGAAUGGAAUAUUUGCAUUCAAGGAAAGUAUAUCAUGGAGAACUAAACCCUUCAAACAUUCUUGUUAAGCCUAGAGGUACAUCCCCAGAAGGUUACUUGCAUGCCAAGGUAUCAGGGUUUGGCCUAUCUUCUGUCAAGGACUUGAACCAGAAGGGGAAUACAAAUCAGAAUGGAACUCUCCCAUUCAUUUGGUAUUCUCCAGAAGUUCUUGAAGAGCAAGAACAACCAGGGGGUGCAGCACACUCCAAGUACACAGAGAAAUCUGAUGUGUACAGUUUUGGAAUGGUUUGCUUUGAGCUUCUAACUGGUAAAGUCCCUUUUGAAGAUAGUCAUCUUCAAGGGGAGAAAAUGAGCAGAAACAUAAGGGCAGGAGAGAGGCCACUUUUCCCACUCAAUUCACCAAAAUAUGUUAUCAACUUGACAAAGAAAUGUUGGCAUACUGAUCCAAAUCAACGUCCGAGCUUCUCCUCCAUAUGUAGAGUUCUUCGUUAUACAAAAAAAUUUCUUGCAAUGAAUCCCGGUUACAAUAGCCAGCCAGAACCACCAUUGCCACCAGUAGAUUACUGUGAUAUAGAGUCAGCUCUUUUGAGGAAGUUUCCUUCUUGGGGAAGUUCUGAAGCAUCAUCAAUAUCAAAAGUUCCAUUUCAAAUGUUUGCCUAUAGUGUUCUAGAACGAGAAAAAAUAAGUACAUGCUCUAAGGAAAACUCUGAAUCUGGAAGUGAUGCUUCAGCCUGUGGUGAUGAUCAUGUUACUUCUGGGGAUGAGCCAUUUCCAUCUACAACUGAAAGGAGGUCAUUAUCAGUAGGAUCUGAGAGUAUGAUGAGGAGGCUUACAAUGAACAGGAAAUCUCUAGAUUUGAAGAUCAUCAAACAACCAGGUACACCAAGAGGGAGAACAGCUAGACCUCCACAAAUAUCUCCUCGUGGAAGAACUCCGAGGAUUAAUUCAGAGAACCACCUAAUAUCAAGUCCAAGAAUAAUAAGAAGAGCAUCUUCUGGUCAUGUCUCAGACUCUGAGCUUUCUUAG